AUGGCAUCUUCAAAGACAAAGCUUUCUACCAGGGGCGAGGCGUUGGCUACUCCUACCGGCAAGAUGACGCUGUCAGAUGUGAUUUGCGACUUGUGGCACCCAGAGACCAACCCUGGCGGAUAUACUUUGAUGCAUAAGGAACUGAUCGAGCACAUGACCAAGAACUUUAGCGUCGACAGUCAUUCUCUGACCUGUGGUGACGGCUUCUCCGGCUCUCAUCGCCUUAGAGACACGAUUGCUAGAUUUGUCAAUCGUAACUUUAACCCUCAUGAGCCCGUCACCAAGAACCAGCUCGUCAUUACCUCUGGUGUGGGUCAGGCGGUUGAGACGACCGGCUUCUCAAUCUGUGAUAAGGGUGAUGGCAUCUUGCUUGGCCGCCCGUAUUAUGGAAACUUUCCUAUUGAUUUGGGCUGCCGGGUUGAGGCAAAAAUCAUUGGCGUGUCCUUCAAAAAAACGGACCCAUUCAGCUUAGAGGCUAUCGAGGUCUAUGAAAAGGCUCUUGUGGACGCACAAGCGCAGGGGAUACGUGUCAAAGCGCUUCUUCUCUGCAACCCGCACAAUCCCCUGGGUCGUUGCUAUACCCGAGAGGUCACUGAGGCGUACAUGACAUUCUGUCAAAAGUAUAAUCUUCAUCUUAUCUGCGAUGAGAUUUAUGCUCUAUCAGUUUGGAAGAACCCCAAGUUCCCUGAAGCUCCCGAGUUUACGUCAGUCCUGGCAAUCAACCCCGAUGGCAUUAUUGAUCGAGACCUAAUCCACGUCGUUUGGGGAAUGAGCAAGGACUUUGGCUCCAAUGGCAUCAGAAUUGGAUGUGUCAUCAGUCGAAACGAGGCUUUCAUUCGGGCUUGCGAAGCAAUCUCCAACUUCACUUGUCCCUCGUCUCUAGCUGACCUGACUACCUCGCGUAUUCUCUCUGACGACGCCUUUGUUGAAUCCUUUAUCAGCUCGAAUCGGUUACGCCUAGCUGACAACUACACCAUGAUAGCCAAGUUUCUAGAUGGCCAUCAGAUUCCUUACAAGGAGGGCUCCAACGCUGGCUUGUUCAUCUGGGCUGAUUUAUUUGGUCCCAUUCGAGCGCAGAUUCAUGCUGCCGUGACAAGGCAGAGAGAGGCAGGCAUAUCUUCCGACAAGAUUUUGUGGGAUCUAGAAGAGAAGCUCUACACGACUUUACUGAAGCACAGAAUCUUUCUCGCACUUGGAGCUGACUUUGGAGGCGAUGUACCCGGGUGGUUUCGCAUCGCGUUUGCUCACGAAAAGAUGUAUCUGCAACUGGGGCUGGACCGAGUUAUUGAAGCAGUUGAAGCGUUUCGCCGUCAGCUUGAGAGCAUGUGUGCAUCUGGCGUUUUCUCUUUUUCGCCUGGAUCUCGGUAA